UCGCGUCUGCCACUGGCUCCGUCGUCGCGCCCGCGAGUCCCGCCCGUGGCCCUUGCGCUGCCCCGGCAAGAGCGAGCAUGGGCGAGGGGGUGGUGUACCCCUCCGUCUUCGUGGUGGACAGCCAGCAGCACGGGGUGCCCUUCGUGCCGCCCAUGCGGGGCCGGCGGCGGGCGUGCCGGCACGGCCAGGUCUUCUUGGCCGCACUGGUCAGCCUGGCCCUGGCUGGCGUGGCCACCGAAGGCUAUUUCCUCUUCCGCUUCCAGAGGGAGCUGGCCAAGGCGGCCUCCCAGGUUGGGGGAGAAGCGGGGCCGGUCUCGGAGAAGUCCAUCCAAGACCGGAAACAUAACGCCGAGAAGCCAGCGGCUCAUGUCAUAGGUGCGGCCUUCACCACCACUACGAACAGCUCUCUGCAGUGGGAGCCUAGCAAGGACCUGGCUUUCCUGCACGACGUGGAGUACCAGGCCGGCGCCCUCGUCUGCGUCAAGCCCGGCUACUAUUACAUCUACUCCAAGCUGCAGCUAAGGGUGCAGAGCUGCUCCCAGCAGGGCCAGAACUCCUUCCUCAUCCACAGCAUCUACAAGAAGACCCCCAGGUACCCCGAGGAGAUGAAGCUGAUGGAGAACCUCGUCUCUUACUGCGACCGGAAGGACGCCGGGUUCUGGCAGGACGGCAGCUUCCUGGGCGGCCUUUUCCACCUGGAGGAGAAGGAUCGGGUGUACGUCAACGCCUCGCAGAGACAGGUGGUGUCUUAUUUCGGCAUCUUCAUGAUCUGA